AUGGCCGGCCAGCCCCGCGAGCGGGGGUCCCGCGCCGCGCGCAAGGGCCGCCCCGUCCGCACGCCGGCCGCCGUCCUCGCCCUCAACCCCACCACCGAGUCCGAUCCGUCCGCGCCGGCCUCCGACGACGUCUCCCCAUGGGGCCGCUCCACGGAGCUAGAGCUGGAGAACCGCCUCCACAAGAGGCUGGAGGAGUCGUACGCGGCGGCGCUCGCCGGCCUCGCCGACCUGGGCUACGACGAGGACACCGCGCUCCGCGCCGUCCUCCGCGCGGGCCACUGCUACGGGAAGCUCGACGACCCCGUCGCCAACAUCAUCGCCAACGCCAGCGCCUUCCUCUCGGAUCCGGAACUCGCCGGCGGGUCCGGCGGCUUCGCCGAUCUCCGCCGCCUCGAGGAAUACUCCCUCGCGGGGCUCGUCUGCCUCCUCCAGAGCAGCCGCCCCACCCUCUCCCGCGUCGAGGCCAUGUGGUGCCUCCUCUCCAACGACCUCCGCCUCGAGCAGGCCAUCAACAUGGGGGCUGCCUUCACCGACAAGUCCCCCACAGAUGGGCUUCUGCCCGCCGCAACUGCCCCAGGGCAGAGCGGCCACUGCCAGUACCAUGCGACCGCGGCCACCGCGGAACCACAGAACCACAUGUUUGACCCUGAAACCUUCAUGCGGCUCGCGAUGCGGGCGAAUUCCGACAGCGUGGCUGGCGUGUCCUCCUGCGUCAAGACCACUUGGUCACGGUCCAGCAUUGCUGUCCCGGAUGGGCAGCCCAAGCAGUCUUUUGCGAUGAAGGUGUCCACUGAAGACCUCAUCGAGUCUGUCGCGGCGGAGCUCGAGUCGCUGGACAUUGACAAGAAGGAUCCUCCUGCCGAGAAGCCUGAUCCCAAGAAUGAGAUGGUGCGCGACCUCAUUAAGCAGACGCGGGAGAUGGAGGAGCUGCUCAAGGAGCGCAAGGAGUGGGCCCAGCAGAAGGCGGUACAGGCUGCUCGCAAGCUAGGCAAUGAUCUCACUGAGCUGCGUGUGCUGCGCAUGGAGCGUGAGGAUAGCCAGCGGCGCAAUAAUGACAAGCAGGCGACAGAGAAUGAGACGUCGAAGCGUCUCGCCCAUCUGGAGAAUGAGCUGAAGAAGAAGAGUGGGUUGCUUGACCGCAGUAAUGCGAGCGUGCAGAAGCUGGAAAUGGAAAAUGCAGAAAUACGCGCUGAGAUGGAAGCUGCCAAGCUGAGUGCAUCCGAGACUGAACGGCAAUGCCAGGUGCUGCUGAGGAAAGAGAAGAAAGAUAACAAAAAGCUUGACCAGUGGGAGCGCCAAAAGGCCAAGCUGCAUGAGGAGAUCACUGAAUGCAAGGCAAAGAUCGCGCAGGCAGACAAGGAGCUUGCUGGGGUCAACAAGUCUAUAAAAAAUAUGGAGGUUAAAAUUCGAGAAGACGCAAAGGCCACAGAAGACAAUUUGGCACUUGCGGAGCAGGAACGUGGGAAGCGGGAAUCUGCCAAAGCUGAUGCUGAUCGCCGCCUAGAAGAAAUUCGCCGGAAGACAGAAGUGGAGUCCCAGUGCUACAAAGAUGACCUCCGGAGGCUUCAGGAUGAAUUAUCCCGUCUGCAGAAGUCAUUGGGUGCAAACGGGUCGAUGGUUCCAUCAACCCGCUCUCCUGCUAUGGCUGAUCGAAACACAGGGCGGGCACCUAAGCAGGCCAACCAGCGGCAACCACCACCUGCAUCCAACAGGCUGCAGGAGCCGCCUGUCCAGAAGCCAGGCCGUCGCAGGGACUGCGUGAUCUGCAAGAAGGAGGAGGCCUGCGUGAUCCUGCUGCAGUGCGCUCACCAGGUCUUGUGCGUCGGCUGCAACAAGCAGCAUGAGGAGAAAGGCUUGGUUCGCUGCCCCACCUGCAACGCCAAGAUCGAGGAGAGGAUCAGGGUUUUCGGUGCCAGCUCCAGCUGAGGCACCGGGUGGUGGUGGUGAUGCUGCUGCUGUGGCUUGGUUUCUCUUGGGGCAAAGAACGCUGAAACUUGUGGUCGCCUUUGCUUGCCGUUUUUUUUACCUCCGUUAUACUGUGAAGAAAGUGUUAUAGGUCGUCGGUCCGUCUCAUAAGUUUUACCCUGGUUGGUUCAGCUGCUCAUGGAUAUAUGGUUCUGCUGAAUGCUGCAGCCGUGUCUGGGUAUAUGGGUAUAUUCAAACCUUUUUUGGUCGAACAGGAACAGAGGAACCCUUCGGGAUAUAUGAGUCAAAAUUGAACUUUUUUAUGGACAA